AUGGCGUCAAAACGGAAGAAACUGACAUCAAGUAACUGUCCAAGUCUGUUUUCUGCUGAAGACAAUGCGGAUGAAAGCCACCACGACCUAUACAGUGACGCAGAUGAUGGUACUCCAGAAAGCGAAACUAGUGGAUCAGAUUAUGAGAUUUUCAGUACGAGAAACGUUAGGCUUAUGCGUUCCAGUAGGAUUAGUAAAACCCCACUUUGGUCCAGCGAUUCGAGAUCAAGUAUGGACGAUUCUAUAUUGAACCAGGAAGUCGAUGAAAGGUCUUGCAAUGACCCGUCUGUCCUAGAAAACUGCGUAGAAGAUGGAGUAGUGUGCUCUCCAAAACCUCGCUUAUCUUGUCAUUACCAUCAUCAAACUGAACAAAUAGAUCCAAAUCCCACCGAUAUAUUAUCAAAUCAAACACUAGAGACUGUCAAUGAGCAUUUACCAACUACCUCAGCCCCGGAUGACGCAGGAUGGGUAGAUACUGUUGCCGAUAUUAGUGAUUUUACCAUCGAUCAGACAUUACCCGGCCCACGGUGCACAUAA